ACAAUCAGCCAGAGAAGCAGGUCAGUCAAACUAUCGGUAACUACUGGCGGUGGGAAUCCCUCUAAGUCGGAAUACUUUCAGGGGACUUGUCUGCGAGACGAAGUAGACAGAUGCUGUUUAUUUCUCCGUCCUGAGACGCAGAGGUUACCAGCUGAGGAAAACGUCUCAAGCAUUAAGUAGCGGUUUCCGGUGCGCAGUGUUGUGAUGGCUAGCGGUUGUUGCUAACUGUACGUCUCGCACUGCCUGGUUAAGAUAAUUAGCUCUUCUCGUUUGGCUAUUGGGUUCGCAGCAGACAGGCUUGCCAUCUCUGUCGCUAAGGCCGGCUCGCUGAAAAUGCGCUGGACGUUACAGUAAGGAAGAUCACCAGAUGGAAAUAUGACACCCAGUGGGUUUCUUACAGUGUAUUUCCAAAUGAUGGAUUACCUUUCUUCUAAGAAUUCAGACCUGGAUUGCUGCAGAGAUUUCAUCUUCUUACAUUUGAAUUUAUUUUUUAUCAGUUUGUAAAACCAACAAAGAAAAAAAAAAAAACCAGCCAACACUGGAUGCUCUGGAUCAGACCUCACUAUAUUUCCCCACUCUUAGCGUGCUUCCGGUGAAACAUUAACAAUGCCUUUAUGCAGGCUGGACAUGCUCAGAUACAUAUAAACAUUAGCCCAAAUAAGGAAGUCCAGGACGGGGGUAGCCUCACCAUAAAUACCAGUUCUUAAAGAACCAUGGCUUCAGUAUGGAAGAGACUGCAGCGUGUGGGGAAGCACGCCUCCAAGUUCCAGUUUGUGGCUUCCUACCAGGAGCUAAUGGUAGAAUGCACAAAGAAAUGGCAACCUGACAAAUUGGUGGUGGUUUGGACAAGAAGAAGUCGGCGGAAAUCUUCUAAAUCCCAUAGCUGGCAGCCUGGCAUCAAAAACCCAUACAGAGGAGUCGUAGUGUGGCCUGUACCAGAGAACAUCGAGAUCACUGUCACUCUUUUUAAGGAUCCCCAUGCAGAGGAGUUUGAGGACAAAGAAUGGACGUUUGUCAUUGAAAAUGAGUCUCCGUCAGGACGGAGGAAGGCCUUAGCCACCAGCAGCAUAAACAUGAAGCAAUACGCCAGUCCAAUGCCCACUCAGACAGAUGUCAAACUCAAGUUUAAGCCCCUGUCAAAGAAGGUGGUGUCAGCUACGCUGCAGUUCUCCCUCUCCUGCAUCUUCCUCCGGGAGGGAAAGGCCACAGAUGAGGACAUGCAGAGUCUGGCCAGCCUGAUGAGCAUGAAACAAGCUGACAUCGGCAACCUGGACGACUUCGAAGAGGAGAAUGAGGAGGAUGAGGAGAACCGAGUUAACCAAGAGGAAAAGGCUGCCAAGAUUACAGAGAUAGUAAACCAGUUGAAUGCCCUCAGCUGCUUACAUGGGGAUGAUGAUGAUGAUGAUGGUGGUGGUGGUGGUGUUACCAAGUGGGCACGCAAAGCAACAGCUAAGCCUGCUGCUUCUUCCCAAGAGCUGAUUAACAAGCUAAACUUCUUGGAGGAUGAAGAUCAGGAGACUUUUCCAGCCAUGAAUACAAAUCCUUUUGAUGAACCUGAUGAUGACCAUCAGUCGUACCCCAACAACCCAUUUAGUGAUCCUGAUGUUGAAGAAGACCCUGGCCAGCCGGCCGUAAGGCAGCAGCCCGAUGAGGUUUCCUUCUACGACCACGACGACUCAAAUCCGUUCAAUGAACCAGAUGAACCUGAUAUGCCGGUUUCACCCCCCGGGAACCCCUUCGAGGAGCCGAACCAGGACAUAGAUGCUCAGCCUGAACCAGAGCCCCUCAAACCCAGGCAGAAAAAAGGAGUCCGGCCCGUCGACAUGAGCAAGUACUUGUACGCUGAUGCUUCUCACAAUGACGAGGAGGAGCUCGAUGAAUCCAAUCCAUUUUACGAGCCGAAGACAUCAAGUCCAGCAAGACCACCUGCCUGCAGUCCCUCUCCUGAUGUGGGCAGCAGCCAGAAAAGGAGGGCCCCUCAACCACCAAGUAUCACCACCAGCCCUGUCCCCAGUCCAUCAAUCCCCAAACCCACCUCUGGCCCAGAUGGAAUCCAGUCGGUUGGGCCCAGCCCAGUGGCAGCCGUGAUAGGGAGAGAGCUKGCCUCCUCUUCCCCAAAGCCCAGCCCCGCCCCGAGUCCGGUUCUUGGAGGGAAACCCAACGCCAGCCAGUCCCUGCUGGUCUGGUGUCGAGAGGUCACCAAGAACUACCGUGGAGUGAAGAUCACCAACUUCACCACCUCCUGGAGGAAUGGGCUGGCCUUCUGUGCCUUACUGCACCAUUUCAGACCUGACAUCAU